UGUUUGGCUGCGCGACAUUGAGGGCUUGUAGUCCACUCCCUCAGUGUUUGUAAAGAGAUCCUAAAGAGCUUAAUCUAGGACAUAACGACCACACAUGGCUCUCAGAGGGUGCUGGAGGUUCGCCGCGGUCGUCCCGCGACUUGUGCGGAAUAGUUCUGCUCCGUGCAGGACUUUGGUGUCUGCAGGACGGAGCUCCGGGUCCAUCUUUGCCAGCACUCAGCAAGGUUGCACAAGCGCGGAGCUGCGGCCCCGUGGCUUCAGCUCGGAGCCCGCCAGCAGCGACGUGAGCUACGGGCAGCUGAAGCGGCUGCUGGCCGCCGGGGCGGCCGUGGUGAUCGACGUGAGGGAGCCCUGGGAGCUGCGGGAGUACGGCUUUAUCCCGGGGGCCGUGAACGUACCACUGGGACAAGUAAGCACUGCCCUCCAGCUGGGUCCAGAGGAGUUCAGGGAGAAAUACGGCAGUGAGAUGCCCCAGCAGACAGACAACAUCGUGUUCACGUGUCUGGCAGGGAUCAGGAGCAAGACCGCACUGGACACCGCCACCUCGCUGGGAUAUAAAGAUGUUCAGCAUUUCCCCGGAGGAUGGCAGGACUGGGUGAAACAGGGAGAACAUAAGUGAUCCGGGUGAUGGAACCAACAAAGUUUAAACCAACUUAGUGUGGUAGUAAGGACCGGGACAACCAUGUGCUUCCAGAGCAGCUUCCUGCCUGAAUGACUUAUUCCUGAAGUGAGCGGCGCCUCACUGGAGGGACGGAGCAACAUCUUUCCAAACACCUCUCCCCCACUUGACGAUGAGGGUGGAGAGCACGGCCUAACAAAAUGGAGUGACAUUUUCCACAGGUGUGAAUUAGGUUGAUAGCUACUGAAUGUGCAGUUCACCGUUUAUUCUACUCAUUCAUUGACUUAUCGGGGUUCCCUGAUAGUCAGGUUUAUGUUAAUGAUGCAUCUUUAAAAGUUGUGUUUUGGGAAGAUGAUGAAAACAACGAAACAAGAAAAAAAUAAACAAAUAUUCUUGAUUUUAACCAGAAGGUUUUUACACUCAGCUGAGACGAUUCUUCCUUUUUUAAGCAAAAGAUUUACAGCAAGAAAAAUGUAAAUACAGUUGACUCACAGUAAGAAGGAUCCUGGUUCAAAUUCUAACAGAGCUCUUUCUGUGGAGUUUAGAUGUUCUCCCCGUGUUUGCGUGGGUUUUGCUAUUCCAGCUUCCUCCCACCGUCCAAAAACAUGUUAUGUUCAUUGCUGAUUCUAUAUUGCCUCUAUGAGUGGGUGCAGUUGUUUGUCUAGAUUACGGCUUUUCGACUAAAGCAAUUCAGUGCUAGUUCAAUGGUUGCACCAGUUUUUUGCUUUUCAACUGUGCCACAACGGGGGCUGUGAUGAUUGUUAACAACCAAAUCUAUGCGACAGCCAUAUUUAAACAACCUCUUUGAAUUUAAAACAUAUAUCACUGGGAAAUUCUGGAUGCAUUCUUACUGAUUUAACCAUGCAAUCAAAAAUACGUUCACUGUACAGCAAACAUGUGACUCUUCCUUUCAUCCUGAAAUGUUAACACCGUCAAUGUUGACGGCAGAAACUUGCAUGAAGUCAAUUCGGGAUCCAAACAAGGUUUUUAGGGCCAGGAUCAGCGUCUGCACAUGCCAAAAUCUGAUUUCCAUUGUUGUUCUGAGUGUUGUUGUUACACUACUUUCAUGGAUUUCCUGCCUCUGGUUUGGUGAUGUAAUAAAUGACGUAGGGUCCUGGCUCUCCAGUACUCUCCAGCCAGUGGAAAAGCAAGCCAGUUCUUUGCAGAACCUGUGAGGAAGUGGCUCUAGCAGCGUUCCCAGCCCCGCACCUUGCACCAGCACUGAUUUUCACUUGGUCGAAAAAGCCCUGUAUGGCCCCGUGACUGACCGUUGACCUGUCUGCCCUUCGCUCAAAGAGAGCUGGGAGAGGCCCCAGCAGAUCCCUGUGACCACAUGGAGGAAUACAUGGGUAUAUAUGAUGGAUGGAUCACAUAAACAUGCCAAUAUUCAAGCAAAUUAACGUGUGUCUCCUUCAAACUUUUGCUUCUAGUUUGUGUCGACUGCUCUGCUUGUUACAGCGGUGCGCAACAAAGUCUAAGCCACCUAGACGGCUCAACACAGCUCAGUUUAUUCAGUCUAAAUCAACUCUGCAAUUAUUCACAUGUGCUGUGAAGCAGCGUUUCAAAAGUUCCCUUAAAUUUGCUUCAUGGGAACUCGGCUAGUGAAACAAUGUCCGUCUGGAGAGACAUAUUUUAACAGGACAACUUUGUAAUGACAUGCCGUUACCUUUUUCUUGAAGAGGAAAAAUCAACCAGAAUCGGCUACAAAAAACAUCCCAGUCGUAUCCUGUAAAUUUGUCAUCUAUCUGUAUAGUUCAGUUCAUUAAAUUAUUUUUUUUUGAAUGUACUUAAAAUCAAAAUGUAAAGGUUUUUUUUUUUUUUUAAAGACUGAAGUAACUUUCUUUUCUUCCUUUGAAUAAAAAACAAGUUCCUCAAGGUUUUGUUGAUCCAAAAGUUAUGGUCUUAGAUUUUACCCAACGUCAAACUAGAGGGCUAAAUAAACAACAAAAUACAUAUCUGCUGCUUAAAAAUUCAGGUCUGUUGCAAUAUUACUUGAAGUCACUUGUAAUUUUAAUCACUAUCAAGCAAUUUAAAUUUUAGCUCCACUAUAAAAGUGGUAACUAGUGGCCAUUCUUUACAGAGGUAGAGGAAGUGUGUGCAAACAAUAUGCCAGUGUGUGCAACUGUGAGUUUAUACAACUGCAUGCCAUAACUCCUUUUACAGGUGAUGUAAAUGUGAAAAUGCUCAAUGGAAAGUGUAUUUGAUGCUAAAAUUACCUAAUAAAUGAUUGCUUUGAUUAAUA